AGCAUUACUCAUUCAGAACCCCAACGACUUUGAUCUUGGCUUCGCCAUGCUUUUUGACCGGGAAGACACGACACAGCUUCGUUUUUCCAAAAGUUCAUCUCCUGUAGAGUGAUAUCUACUUUCAACCUAUCAUGCCCGAAAGACUGACUCCGUCGUCGGUAUCCAGGGAGUGACGAGCAGCCGCAGAUUGUUGUUUGUGAUGCUGUAUGCAUGCAGGGCAGAGGACGGUCUUUCAGAGACGUCUGGUAAUGCGAAUGAACACGCGUCCGUGCUGCUGCUGGGUAAAGACAGAAAAUAAUGUGAAGCAUGAUCACAAACAAGACCGCUGCUUGUGUUUUUCCCAUUUGAUGUCUGGCUUCUGACAUCAACAUCACUCCGCGCUUUAGCUUCUCCGUACCGUCCCAAAGCUCCACGAGUGCAAAACCGACGAGUAGCACUAUGCAGCCGACCCUGCAGAAGCUCCCGCUCGACAAGUCCCCAAUCGCGGGGACGCGGGGCGGCCAGGGAGGCCUUUCGCCCUCGCUGAGCACCACCCGGUCGCUGUUCGGAGACUAUCGUAAGGAAAAAUCCCCCUCCCCAUAUUGGAAAAUCAUGCGCCUGAAAAUUUGUGAUGCGGAUUUGUGACCACAAAUCCUCUUUGUCUUGCAAGAAGGCAACUCUAGAGCGUCCGCCGCACUAUGUAGGCGGUUUGUGAUGCUGUUGGGCCUAGAGCAUAGACGUUUGUCAUACUAGGCACCUACGUCAAAACCUCUUGCCUCAGGCUCGGCAUAUGCCUGCAGUCCUGUGCUGCAAGACAAAUUUGGCUUGUGUAUCCAAAUCCAGCAUCAGAAGUAUCGUUUUGAUAUGGGGAGGGGGGAUUUUUCCUUUUGAUAGGGACUCGGACCCCUUUGCGCUGAUGGAGAAGUCAUUGAAUAGACACAUGUCGGCGAAGAGCAAACGCGACUUGCGCCUCUUCAAAGACCCGCAAGACCCCCGCUGCCACGAGUACUACCGAGCCAGGUAUAGAAAAGAUUGUUGCUGUUUGCCUCGGUUGUUCUUGAGGAGGUGAUUUUUACAGGUACGCAUGUUGACAGCCGCUGUUUCUUGUGUCAGAUGCACGAAUACGAAUCACAGGUUUCCGGACUUCGAUGAAUUUUUAGCCUGCCUGGACACCGUGGAUUACAAGUACGAGUGCGAGCAGUAUGACAAGGGAGCAACAAAACCUCUGUGCAAUUUUUGGAAGCCAACGUUUUGCCUUGCACAUUCGCACAACUUGUUUUUAAGCGUACUUUUGACUUGUAGCGAAAAGUGCAAUAACGCAAAUUGACUUGUUGGUUCCAAGAGUAAAAAGUUGCAAAUUUUUCCAAUCACAAACGCGAUGCCAAGUUUGCCGACCGGUACCGAAUACCUGACACGCAGGACCCCGUUCUGAAGUUGAAAGGGCAUCUGAAAGUAUGGGAGGGAGAGAUUCCGCUGCCGUAGCUGUUGUGUCUGUGCAUUGGCAAUAAGAUAUUUUAUCGCCUAUCCCUGUUGUGGUGCAUGCCGUAGAGAAGAGCGACUUUGUGAUGCAUGCUUGAGCUGGAGGAAGACAGUACAGCAAAUGCAAGCCGCACUACUUUCAUCCCUUCCCAUAUCCCGGCGUCGACAGUUGUUGCUGGCUCUCUGCGAACGUGGAGAAAAAUGCGGUCGGAAAAACGUUCAUUUCCGGGGGGCACGACGGGCUUCGUUUCUGGUCCACCGCGGUAAAAAACCCGGCCGGCGCUCCCGUCGCCGUGGAGCAGGAGCUGAACGCCAUGCCAAGCUACGACCUCUGUUUGUCCGCCGACGAGAAACUCUGUCUGUCUGGGGGGCCUACGCAUUGCAAAUAUGUCUGGGUCUGGAAACUUGUAAUGCUGCGUUGAGAGUAGUGAAUGCUCUGUAAUGGACAGCCAAGCAUGAGAAAUAUCGGCGCUUCUUUGUGUUGCAUUUUUCGCGUGACAAACUGCGUUAUUGCGUGACAGGCGAAAGGGUCUCUUCUUGGACACGCAUCACAAAACUUUUAGUCAUGCCAGACAAGCAUGACAGACCUUGCAUCCUUCCAGACCCAGACAUAUUUGCAAUGCAUAGGACCGUCCCUGCCGACAGACUUUCCGGAGACGAAGAAGGGCACGUUGGCCCUGUAUUCGGUGAACACAGCGGCGGGGGUGGGCAAGAAGCUGCAGCUGCAAGCGCAGUUAAGCUCGAAAAUGACGAACACGGUCGGGAAUCUGCACACGGUGGACAUGAGUCGGGUACUGCCGAAUCUCGCGGUGUGCGGCGACAGCACGGGCCGCUGCUCGGUGGUGGACCUGCAGAAGGGGGGUGCCGUGUGGAGCUGGGAUUGCCACAUCGGCUACACCGACCCGGUCACCUACGUCGGCACGGGCUCGGCAGUGACAAAAACCGCGUUUUCACAGGUCUUUACUGUGAGGGUUUAUUCUUUCCAGUUACCAGCUCAAGGUUUCUUUCCAAUGCAUCUGAUGAAAUUACAGUAGAGUGUAUAGCACGGCUCGGCGAAGUUAAAGUGCUCUGCAACGCAAGAACGAUUCUAAACACAUCUACAGGCCACUCCAACAGUUUUUGCCACUGCGGGCAAGGACGGGCAUGUGAGGCUCUGGGACGCCCGGGUCAACCAAAGUCGUGGUUUCUGGCUCGCCGCGAGCACGCUGGCAAAUAGGAUAACGCUCCAGACCGGCAUCGAACUACUGCACGCACACGAUAGACAGCCGGUUCUGGGUCUGUACUGGCUGGAAGACGACAGGACUUUGUUGACGUGUUAUGGCAAGAGAGAAAGUGGGAAGGUCUGACGCAUGAAGAACAGGCGGUGAACAGUCUUCACCAGCUAUGUUGCUGCGCGUGAGCAGUACCAGUUUGACGAGUUACAAGUGGUAGCGCAUGAUGCGCAGCAUGGAACAUCAUAUAGAGUAGAAAAAUUAGAACCGAGGAUCAUGUGCCUGCUGUACAUAUGCAUUUAGAAAAGAACCUUUGCUAUCUCUCCAUACCUCCGGCGGUGAUAACAAAGCAAAAAAAUGGGACCUGCGAAUGUCGGACUACCAGGGCAACGUCGCCGAGUCCUUCCUCGGACACAUUGCGCCCGUACUUUAUACUAAAGUUUUGUUUCUGACUGUCGCAUGAAUUGCAGGAUCGCCCAGCAUCGUUGGCAGGGUACUGGGUGUAUUUUGAUAGAUACUGCGUCUCAACAUCUUUUCUAUUCCAGCAGGAAAUUGGUCACUUGUGAUGCAUUUAUUUCUAGGUCCGCUCGGUGUCGGCGUCCCCUGACAAGAAGUACGUGUCCACAGCCUGCGAGGACGGGAGCGUGCGCAUCUUUCGGGUGAACGACUUGCAGAUCCGAAAAGAAAAGCUCCGCACGGUGCUGGAGAAGCGAAAGCGACUAGAGUCCGAGAGCGACGUCGACGUAAGGACCAGGAUGCGUGCCAAAUACACCGAGACAGCGAAGGCCAUGAGCUUGGAGGUGCACCGAAUCAAGCAGGACGGCUUCUCGGACGGAAUGGUAUUCUUGCUUUGCAGUGCUUUCAUCUGCAUGAGAUGAAACUGACUGUGUAAUCGGGUCUUGUUCAGCAUGACGAGAAUCAUGGAUUCGAAAAUCUUCUGAAAUUCUCUAUACAGCUGAGCCUGAUCGGGCACAGUCUCGGGGCGACAAACGUUGCGUGGAUGAAAGAUCCGCUGAGUUCCCGACCUGACCGCUACCGAGUGCUGACCUCGAGCUGGGACCAAACGUGCAACAUUCACGACCUGGAUUUGGCGGAAAGCACUGCGAUAUAGGCGAGGUGUUCAAAUACACGCGGUGAUGAAAAAUCACAAAGAACCAGAAAAACAAACUUGCUUCUUUCAUAUUGAUAAAAACGCAGACAACAGAAGUAUUUGCUGCGCUGCAGUCAGGUCUGCUUUUUGACAGAGGCUGGCUGCAGGCGCGUGUAAACAUAGAAGUAAAGAACCAGCUUAGAAGUGUAACUCACAGAAUCCGGUUUUUCUUGAAAU